UAAGAGGCAUUAAAUGAUCUGCUAUUUAUGAUCUGCUGGAACAGUGGGAAACCCACUCUCUAUACUUCAUAUCAAGUACUCAUUUCCCCAGUUUCCUCUUCUCCGACGCUGCAGCUGGAUCGCACUACAGCGAGGCAACUCCCCUGGCCAAGGUGAGUGUUUUCCUGGCAGCCUCCCGCAAAUGUGGUGCUUGCAGACCAAGUGUGCCAUGCUUGCCUAGGAUGGGUGGGGCUAGGAAUACAGCUCUCAACCAUCUCAUUCUGGAACCAUAAAUCCUGCUCUGCGUGAGUCCGAAAGUAGCUUUGGAUGUUGGACCUGAAAGAUGAAAGAAGGAAAUGAUGCAGCAAAUGCUGGUGGUAAGGAGUAAAUUUAAAGGGGUUGAUGUGUUUGAACUAGGCUUAAAUUGGGAGAAUAUAAACGAUCUGCUUUUGGAAAAUUUGCCUCUUGGUGGUAGUAAAUCAGGAGAGGCUGACCUGAAAUUAUGAUGUGGAGCAACUAAGUGCCCCACUACAUACCAAAACCAGCAUGGAAACCCCCCUUUACUCAGUGGCAGGAUGGUUAAAGGGAUUAUAGAAAGUAAAGAAUGUGGAUUGAAGGGAUUUUGAGUGAGUUCUAGGCUCUCAGUAUGUGGAGUAGGCUGUGAGUGAAAUUCUUGGGCUUUUAUUCCCAAAUCUGGAAAAGGAAAUUGGGUUGGUUGGAUUCAGACCAAACAGGGAUGGUUCUAAUCCAAGGUUUUAAGUUCUUGGUUUUUCUUAUUGCUGCACUUGUGAAAACUGUGCUAGGAAACAAGUAUUUCCAGGGAGUUGUGAUACCCUGUAACAGGCUUUCUGUCAUUCUUUCACCCCAUGUCCUCUGGCUGUCCUUUCCCCACCCAUGAUGGACCUGGAGAAUAUCAACAGUUUUACAUUUUAACUGGAAACCAUGCAUAGGAGUUGCCUGCAAAUCAGUCACCUAUGGAGACAGUGUCUGCUGCUGUUUAGCCUUUGGGGGUGCCUAGGAACAGCUCCUUUUCAUCAUCCAAGUUGUCUUCCCUUGUCUUCAUCCACACCCCAUCCUGUGUUCGGCUUCUGGGAAUUACCCCGAAAGGGCAUAGGAUGCAUCAGCCAGGAGCAUUCUACCACAGGGCAGGAAGUACACAUCAUAAGCCUGCGUGGGGAUGGGCCAACAAAUGCACAGAUUUCCCCUGGGUCCAGUAUCACAGCCCUCGGACCAGUGGCUUCUGCUGAGAUAAACAUCCCAGAGACACGAAGGAGCCUGCUACAAUGGGCACGCAGGGAGCACGGAGGGGUCACCUCACUGGCUGAGUACCAUGGAGUCAACACUAUUUACACACACUUGGGGGCUGGUGGGACUGCACCAGCAACCUGCAAGCUGCGUAGGAAUUUCCUAAAGCCUGCACAUUCUGCUUCUGAGCGCCAACUUCAACCUCUGAGGAGCUGCCUGAAUUCUGACCCGCCUCAAGACUUUGAAGUUCAUGUUGUCUUCUCCAAGGGAGCUGCUUCAAGGAUACUGGCCCAUUUGACUGUGGAGCUUUAUGCCCUGAAAAGAUCCCCACAUCAAAGUUUAUUCUUAAUAUUGAAAAGUGAAGGAAAUGCCCAAUGGAUGGUUCGUGUGCACCACCUCACUGGCCAACUGCACGUACUGGCUUCGCACAAAGUUGUAGUGAGCAGUGCAGAAAUGGACUCGUCCUUGACUGUGACCCAGCGUACAUCCUCUGAGCUGGCUCGUAUCAGAGAUCCUUUACAGUGGGUUGCAAGUCAGAAACUACCUGUGUUCACAUCCUACACUGAGGCUGAGCACGUGAACAGAUUCCUUCUGGUUGUUGGGAUGAAUGAUGCCACAUCAGUUCCUAAAGUGUUUGGGCCCAUAUUUCUGCCUCCCAUCAGAUCUGCAGAGACUCAACAACCCUUACCAGCUGCUGUAACAGUGGGGUGGGCGAGGAGACAGGAGCUCCUGGCAGAGGACAGCACUUCACUCCUGCUGCCCUCAGCCAAAACAGAUGCUGAGGGAGCAGAGCCUGCACUGUGUCCUGGAGAACAGAAGCCCAGUCAUGAGAACAAGGAUACCCAGAGUGUUUCCUGUGUCUCACCUUCAUCAACUCAGGCCUCUUUCCCAGAAGCUACUAUGGCCUUCCAGGACCUUCCCUUUCACCUUGGUAAUGUCCUGCUCAGCCUUGAGGUCUACAACUCUGAGGCGUUUGCUAAACAGCCAGGACCCUGUGUGGUCUCAGCGAACAGCCGAGUCUUUGUGGAGGCUGCUUUGGCUGCAUAUGACUUGUGUCUUGGCUUCACCAUCCGGCAGUGCUUCCUCUCUCCCUUCUCAGAUGCUUCAUUAUCCUCUCCAUAUGUGCUGAUCCAACAUGGCUGUGUGGCUGAUGCUCAUGUCACUUUGUCAAGGUCUGAGCAAGCAGCCCAGGGCCACACAUUACCUCCAGGAUAUCAAGAGCGCCAACGACUGAGUUUUGUGCUCCAGCCCCUCUUCAAUGACUCCGUUCAGUUCCUGCAUUGCCACCUGACACUCUGCAGCAGAGAGCCUUGGGGCUCUACCAAGCUGAACGGCCUAAUCCCCAAGUGCCAGUCUGAGAAUGAAGCCUGCAAGGUGGGAGAAGAACUGGCCAGCGGACGCUUCCAGCGGACCAUCUCAAAGCCCAUCAUAGUUACUGUGGAGAUUCCACCAGGAGCAGCAGCUCCAAAUCUGAGGCCAGAUCGUUUUCUGCUCACCCAGCGAGGAAAAGCACCAAAGAAUGUAAACCACUCAUGGAAGACACAGCCUGUCCCAUCCACAGCUGCCCAACACCUUGAGCUCCCAGCGGUAGUUGGCAUAGCCUUCUCAGCCUUUAUCAUUGGCAUCUCCCUCACUAGUGGGCUCUGGUUCAUUCAUUCCCAGACAGGUAGAUGUAAAACUGCUUACAGUACCACAGAUCCCAAAGAAGCAGCAGUUCCAAAGGCUCUGGCUACUUCCUCAGCUCCAGCUGGCCCUGUACAUGGUUGUGUGCCCUAAGACAGUGCUACGGGACACAGGCUCUUGUAAUUUCUUUUGCCAGCAGCCAGAUACCCAUUCUUGUGAACCUGCUUGUACCAGAGGCUCCCAGACUGAAUGCUCCUGGCUUCAGACUUCGCAGCUAGCUCAAUCAAUACUUCUUGUCAGUCUCUAGACAUUAGUUUAAAUGUGUAAUUCUGAUGCUGAUGGUAGCAGUUGGGGGAUUCUGUUAUUUGAUUGGGACAAGCUGCCUCGAGAAAUGUGCCUGUUUCUUCACAGAGUGGCCCUGUUUGACCACUCUGCUGAGUGGACAGUGUGGAAUUCUUCUGCUCCAAUCUAUGCAAAAUUAUAUUGCAUUCCACUGUCGUAUAACCAGUUUGCCAUCACUUUGCCCCAUACUGGCAAGCUGUUCAGUUAUGCAGUGCCUUGCAGUCAGACAUUUGUCUGUUUCAGGAAUUGGGGGCAGGGAUUGGUUGGUUAAUGGUCUACUAAGGAAGCGUAGAUGAAAUAUUGUCACGUUUGCUUCUUAUCUUAUUAUCUUGAUAUGGGAUGCAAGUGUUAAUUGUAAUGCACCAUGUAAGUACGUUCAGGGUGCUCAAUUGGGCAAGGCAAGAAAGACCUCUGGAAAAUGCAGAAUUCAAAUUUGGCAGACAGCUGUCACACUACCAACCGUGUUGCCUUUUAUUAAACAUCUGUGCAGACAAAUUGUAAAACUG